AUGGACCAGGACACAAACAGCGAUGACGAUAGCGAUAUACUUGAGGGUCUUCCAGACACGACCCAUACAUAUCAAUGGAAGGGGAGUCAACACUUCAAUAAUGUGAUUGACCAAGAAUAUGAAUGGUUCCAAGGCGACCAGACAGGCGAAUAUAGUGAAUGGGUAGCAUUCACUGGUCUCAAUGAGACGACCUACACCCACAGGUUUAUAAAUUCCUCAGACCUAAGGAAGUCAUGGAAAUCCUACAGUCCCUCUCAGCAAACGCUCCUGGUCAAAAUGUCGCUCCCCGUGCAUGGCCACGCCAUCCAAAAAUUUCAUAACAAAAUCAUCUCGUCAUUGAACAACAAUGCCCUCGAGGAUGAGUUGAAAUACUACCCGGAUGUCAAGGUAAAGGGGCAAACAAAGACCAAGACACCGGACAAUGGACUGGGGCCAUUCGAACGUCCACCGAAUGUUUCGAACAAAUGGCCAACUAUCGUGAUUGAGGUCGGAGUCUCAGAGCGCCCGGCCAAGCUACAAUCCGAUGCGGAAUGGUGGCUCACUAAUUCCAAUGGUGAUGUUAAGAUUGUUUUCACCAUGUCCAUCAACCGAAAGAACCCCCAUAUCACGGUCAUGAAAUGGGAAUCGGAGGCGGAAAAGAACAAGUGCUCCGUCAUGCAGACGGUCACAACCUGGAAGGAUAACAUCGGGAAUGUCGACACGACUCGGACGAGCGGUACACCACUCUCAAUCGAAUUUAAUAAGCUCUUUCUUCGGAAGCCAGUUUCUCGAACCGAGCACGAUAUCCUGAUGGAUGAGAACGAUCUACGCAGUCUGGCGCGCAGUAUCUGGAGGGUCCAGGAAUUCUGA